CCGCCGCCCACGCAGCCUCACCUGGCCCGGCCCGCUGCCAGGUCCCGCCCCGCGCGGCCCCGGUCCCACCCUUCUCGGAUUUAGUCCUGGCAGCUCCCGAGGCCGCGCAGCCGCCGCUUCCGCCUUUGCCAGACAUGCUCCCGGAGGCGGGCGCCCCGUGGCUGCUGAGGCUACUCCGGGACACCCAGCUGGCCCAGUUUUACAGAUCCAUACUCGAGGAGCUGAAUGUUACCCGGCCAGAGCACUUCGACUUUGUAAGACCUGAGGAUCUGGACAGCAUUGGCAUGGGCCGGCCUGCCCUUUCAUUCUGGUCUCCCCCAGCCCAGCGCAGACUGGCUGAAGCUCUGAAGAGGCACCGUUUGGGGCACAAGCCUAAGAACUGGGUCUACAAGAUCCUUGGGGGGUUUGCCCCUGAGCAGAAGGAGACCACCCCACCUUCAGACAACCCUCCGUCCCUCCCUGAGCCAGAGGGGGGACUCAAGUGUCUGAUCCCAGAUGGUGCUGUGUGCAGAGGGGAGCUGCUGGGCUCCGGCUGCUUUGGUGUGGUGCACCGCGGGCUGUGGACACUGCCCAGCGGUCAGAGUGUCCCAGUGGCUGUCAAGUCCCUCCGGGUGGCUGCCGAAGGCUCCGCGGGCACGGAGCUGAGGGACUUCCUUCGAGAGGUGUCGGUCAUGAUGAACCUGGAGCACCCACAUUUGCUACGUCUGCACGGGCUCGUGCUGGGCCAGCCUCUGCAGAUGGUGAUGGAGCUGGCGCCGCUGGGCUCCCUGCACGCGCGCCUGACCGCGCCGGCCCCGGCACCCCCGCUGCCCGUGGCUCUGCUCUGCCUCUUCCUGCGGCAGUUGGCAGGGGCCAUGGCGUACCUGGGGGCCCGCGGGCUGGUGCACCGGGACCUCGCUACACGCAACUUGCUGCUGACUUCGCCCUGCACGAUCAAGGUGGCCGACUUCGGGCUGGUGCGGCCGCUGGGCGGCGCCCGGGGCCGUUAUGUGAUGGGCGGCCCCCGCCCCAUCCCCUAUGCCUGGUGUGCCCCAGAGAGCCUACGCCAGGGGGCCUUCUCUUCUGCCUCGGACGUGUGGAUGUUCGGCGUGACGCUGUGGGAGAUGUUCUCUGGGGGCAAGGAGCCCUGGGCCUGGGUCCCGCCCUACCUCAUCCUGCAGCGGCUGGAGAAGGACCAAGCCCGGCUGCCUAGGCCUCCUCUCUGCUCCAGGGCCCUCUACACCCUCGCCUUGCGCUGCUGGGCCCUCCACCCUGCUGAUCGGCCCAGCUUCUCCUCCCUGGAGGGGCUGAUCCAAGAGGCCUGGCCUCCUGAGGGGCGCUGUGUGAGGGACGUCUCAGAGCCAGGUGCCCUGAGGAUGGAGUGUGGUGAUCCCAUCACUAUCAUCGAGGGCAGCCCCAGCUCCACAACCUGGAAGGGCCAGAAUGGUCGCACAUUAAAAGUGGGCAGUUUCCCAGCCUCGGCAGUGACGCUGACGGACCUGAAGGGCUCGCCGGCAACCUGUCCAGUCCACAGAGGCUCCCCUGCCUGGGGAGAGCAGAGACGGGGAAGCGUGGACGGCAGGGCCAGAGCCAAGGCAAAGCUUCGGGAGCCACCUCCGGCUCAGGGUCAGAGAAGGAACGUGCCCCUGCAGAGGAGAAAGGGCAUUUCCAAGAGUCUGGAAUCUGUUCUGUCCCUGGGCCCCUGCCCCACAGGAGGUGGUUUGAGCCCCCCUGAAGUUCGAAAAGCCAGAGAUGUCCCCCAGGGGCCCCCAGGCCUGCCACCCCGCCCUCCCUUUGCCUCCGGCUCUUCUCAGUCCAACCAGCCCCCCAGGGAGCGGCCUCCCUGGCCCAAAAGAGAACCCCUGCACAGUCACCCCUUGGGAGCACCUGGAGCCAGCAAAGCCGCUGUUCUCUCCGGAGGUCUCUUGCCCGACCCCGAUUUGCAGAAGAGGGUUAUGGAGGUGAGGUGUCCCCGAAGUGGCUGGUGUCCAGAAGGGGCUGCAGGCCGGGGUGAGAGCCUAAGUGAGGCUUUGUCCCCUAAGGUGGAGCUGAGCGUACAUGGAGUCACCCACCAGGAGUGCCAGGCGGCACUGAGAGCCACUGGAGGAGAUGUGGUUUCUGCCAUCCAGAACCUUAAGGUAGACCAGCUCUUCCACCUGAGCAGCCGGUCCAGAGCCGACUGCCGGCACAUCUUGGAGCAUUACCACUGGGACCUCUCAGCGGCCAGUCGCUAUGUCCUGGCUCGGCCCUAGCUCUGCUCCUUUAGACAUGGACACCAGAUGCACCAAGGAGCUGACCCUGUGGGGGCGAGCAGAGCAGAACAAGGUCCUGAAAGGGUGUAUGUUCUCAUCUGAAGAGAGCCUGCCAUAGGCAGGUCCAGGAGUCCAAGGUUGGGCACUGACGCGUGUCUCCGACCCUGCCUCUUGGCCUCUGAAGGCUCAAGCUCCCUUGGCUGGGCCACGGAAGGAUCUAGUCCACCCUUGCUCACCACAUUGCCAACCAGGAGGAGGACUUGGAGGAACAGAGCUGCUACCCGCCAUCCCCAUAGGAAGCUUGUCCUUGCUACAGAGAAUGCCCAAGCGGACACACUGAACCCUGGGAACAGCCAUCCUGAGCUGCCUUCAGCUCCACACUGAGCUCCGGGGCACAGCCAUCUCGGAUGAUGGGAGCAGCCGUACUGACUUGGGGCACGUGGCCCAAACUGCCGGGGCCGGGGCCGCAGCCAUCAUGGGUGAAGAAAGUUGCUG